AUGCCCAAGAAAGCUUGCAGGGGUCGACCAACAAAACGAAUUAUGCUGGUUGAAAAUUCAAAGGCUAAAUCGUCAAGAUCCGCAAAUUUGUCUACUUCUGUUGGCUCAAAUACCAUUGUUACUUCUCUGAAUACCUCGUCAAGCAAUGUUCCCGAGUUUGAUUUUGCACUUAAGACUUUUGCCAAUGAAAUUACAGAGAAUGCUGCUUCUAACAAGAACGGUAGUAAGAAAGUAAUUGAAGUCCCUUUGGGUAUUGCAGCUGUCAACCAAUACAAGAAAGUCUUGAUGUUCUUGCAUGAAUUUCGGUCCGAGCGUCGAGAAGCUGAAUGGCCAUCUCCCAAGAAGACUAAAGAAGUGAUCGAAUUGAUCAAGAAGUAUGAACACGACCUUGUUUACGACCAAAAUCAAGAUUUAAGAAACCUUAACUUUGCAAAUUGCUUUUGUACGAUCAUUCCAAAGAAGCAGCACAAAGCAAUACAACAGGCUCUCGCUUUGGUCUCUAGUCUAGACAAGGGCAAGACUCUGAAGGAAGGAGAGAUCAAAUUUGCGUGUGCCAUGCGCCAUGAAAACAUAUUCAGAUCUCCUUUUGGUGCAUUUGUCUUUUUUAUGUUCCGUUUGCUUCAAGUAUUGCGUGGACGCAUCAGCCCUGAGAAGCGUUUAACAGGCGCUUCUCAAUGGAAAACGGCAAAAAAGGCGCUUGCAGAUAAGGAGAUAUACACCACACGAGUAACACCUGGUGGCCGUCACGAUGGGUCAAUGGAAGCUGAGGGUUUAAGGAUACCUUUUCAUUCGAUCAAACCCAUUACUUGGGUAAACUCUCAUCUCCUUUUGCGAGAGAUCAAAGACUAUUUCGGUGUUGGGAAUACAGAGUGGAUAGCUCUCUGUGAGAAGGAGAUGGAUGAAGCUAAUGAAAACAUCAUAAAUCUGGAGAUAGACAAAGAAGCAGAUUCAGUGGAAUUCGUGGAGGAAGAUGGAAGAAACCGGUCGAAAGAAAAGAAAAGAAAGGGAAAGCAAAAAACAAUUCAAAGUAGUAUCAACACAGAAAAGAAAGGCUUUUUGCAACUCUUAAUCAGAUGCAGAAGAAUUGUUUUACAGGAUGCAGCAGUUUACUUGUACUUGAACAAAGAAAACAAGCAUGUCAGCACAAAAAAACUUCCAUUCACAAGUAACAGCUUCAAGAUGUUUCAAGAGGAUAUUGUAGCUGCUAUUACCAGUCCUUCCGUUGGUAGACUAGAAGAAUAUGAAAGCCUUGUGCCUAAAAUUGCUGAUACGAACAAAGAGGUAGCCAGCAGAGUGACAGAAGUAAAUCAUUGGAUUAUACAAUUGCAGCAACAACAAGACAGCCGAUUUGAGAAAAAUGAAAACUCUUUCAACAACUUCAUUGAACAAAGUAACCAGCAGAAUUGGCUUCUGAUGAACACGACACAGCAACUGGCUAAGGACAUAAAAAUCCUCAUGAUCCAGCAACAGUGUCUAAAUUCACAAAUGCAAUUACUCAUGGCUACCAACAAUAUUCCUCAAAGCAUAAAUACCAACACAAGAAAAAGAAGUGAAGCUGAUACUGUUUUUGGUGGAAAGAAUCACUUUCCUCAGAUUUUGAGCAAUUAUAUUGGAUCUUAUUUCAUGAAUAAACUACAGUACUCUCAUUUGAUUGAGAAAAUGGCUCCCGUUAAUCACAGAACCUCUAGACCUAAUGCUGGAAGCAGCCUUACCCAGGUUGCAGCUGGUCGUGUAGAGCAACGCCCUGUCACACCUGCUGUUACCCAAGAACAGCACAUGGCAGAAAUGACAAAUCGUCUUGAUGGCAUGGGUGCUCUUCUUGGAUCUCUGGGCAGUCGAUUUGUUGCUGCAAUUGCUAUGUCUUUGGCAUCUAACAAUAGACAAGUUCUUCCAGUAGUUACCACGUCUUCUGCUCCAUCUUAUAUCGGAAUGUCUGAAGCAGAGACAAAGACUGCAAUUCUGAUCCAUAACCGUCGCCAAGACAUUCACACCAAGUACUGGAAGGUGAUCGACAAGGAGAUGGGUCUCACGAUCGGGGAAAAUUCAGAGAUGGCAUUUUUUGGUGCUAUCCAACAAACAGUAAUGUCAGAUGAUGAGUUUUACAUGGAGGAUCUUGUGCAUGGGGUCUCGGCGCAUAUUCUGAAGUUUAACAAGUUCAUGGGCUUAAUCGAUAAAAGCAUGAGAACUGACAAUGCGGGAAAUGGGGCAGCAACGCCAAAAAUGCCCAAGCUCCAGCGAGGAGAAAAGAAUGUUGCUGUCUCAGGUCGGCUGAUUUUGUCACUGCCUUCAUGGGAAAUUAAACAAUUUUUUUAUACAUACACAGGCGCGUUUUUACACUUGAUUGAUACAUAA